UUUGUGACCUAUUUUAUUUAUUAAUUCCUCUUUAACUCUGUAAAGUACAUCAUCACUUUGGGUUGAGCAUCUUCAACCAGGCCAGAAGUGUUUGCAGCAUGGGACUCAGCUGCUUUAAGUCUUGGAAAUAUGACAGUACAGGCCACAAAGGUAACAGAGAUGUGCUGGCCAGCCCAGGCUCCUAUUUCUUCCUAUCCAACAGCGCUGGUCAGGGUGACGAGUGGUUGAAGAGCCUUAACAAGGGAGUCUGGAUCCCUUUCACAGGGGUUUUUGGGCAACGUCUGGAUGAGACGGUGCUGUAUGAGCGUCGGUAUGGAGUGCGUUUGGUUCCUCUGGUGGUGGAGCAGUGUGUGACAUUUAUCCGGGAACGUGGUCUGCAUGAGGUGGGCUUGUUUCGCCAGCCUGGACGCACCAGUCUGGUGAAAGAGCUACAGGAGGCUUUUGAUUCUGGUGAAAGGCCGUCUUUUGACAGCGGGACAGACGUCCACACUGUGGCAUCACUGCUGAAGCUCUACCUCAGGCAGCUACCAGAACCUCUGGUUCCCUACAGCCACUACCAGGACUUUCUGCUCUGCGGUCAGAAGCUGUUAAGUGACCGUACAGUGGGUCUGGAGGAGUUGACGAAUCUUCUUCAUGAGUUACCUGUCGCAAACUUCAACCUACUCAACUUUAUCUGCCAGUUUCUGAAUGAGGUUCAGAGCUGCUCCAGCAGUAACAAGAUGAACGUCCAGAACUUGGCAACCGUGUUUGGACCAAACAUCCUUCGAGCCAAAGCUGAAGACCCACAAAGCAUCAUGGGAGCUACAAAACUGGUCCAGGUGCUCAUGUCGGAGCUGAUCAGACAACACAAAUCUCUGUUUGCCAAGUUCCCUCCUUCUGCCUGCUCUCAUCCUUCUGCAACGCCUUUGAAGCAACCCCAUCUCCAGCCAUCGCCCUGCCUUCGCCAGCUGUCUUUGCCUCUUAUUGCAGACCACUCAAGUGAAUCAGGACAACCAGCCGCACAUGCAGACCACUCUAGUUGUAUCUUCUCUGCUGCUGGUAAAUCAGACUUGCUCUCUGGUCAGAAGAAACACCUUGGCCAUCGCUACACUUCCUCCCAUCCAGAGAACUGCUUCUACCCCUUGCCUUCCUCCAGUGAGUCCAUCAACCACCACCCUGGGAGGCACAAAGGAGAUUUUUACAAGUACCAUUCUGGGCAGGGUUCAUCUUCUGCAAAUGCUCAAGCCACAACAACCAACCCCCAGCUACAGACCGAAAGCUCAAAUCAGGGGGCAAUGGGAUGGCAACGCCAAGAAAAGGCAGCCUCUGCCUCCUGGAGCUGCAGAGGAGCAGAGGAAGAGGGUGAGGUUCCUGAAGCAGCCAGUGGGGGGAGCAGUCAAGCACAGGAGGACAGUACACCCUCAGUCUAUGACAACCUGGACAGAGCCUCUCUGUCUCACACAUUGGAGAAUGUUCCUACUGAGAACUUUGAUUUAGAUUCUCUAGGAAUCAAUGUUGGAAUGUGUGAAACAGAGGUAGAUCAAGCAGAACUGGGGAUGGCAGGAGACUCCUCUUCCUCAUGGUCUUCCUGUGAAGUUCUACCAUUAGAUAAAAGCAAGGAUGAACUGGGGGUCAGUAGUCCUGAUAUCCCACCAAAGAGAUCCAGAAUGUUGCCUCUGAAUCAGAGAAGAGAACAGGAAAUCUGUGAUAAAGAUGAUCAUGAAGACAAUGGAGUUGAAGGCAAUGGUGCCAAGCAACAUCCGAGCUCCUGGGCUUCCUGCUCUGUCAUCAGCAUCAGCCCUCUCAGCACAGGGAGCUCAGAAGUCUUCCUCCCCUCUGGGGCUCCGGAUCUCCAGGUUCAAGAGUCUCAUUUAGAGUCGAGGGACACUCAUUCUCUGCUGGCCAAGCUGAGGCAGCAGAUGGCUCAGCAGAAGGCAGAGUACCAAAACAGGAUUGAGAGGUUGGAGCGCUGCAAUGGCGCCCUCGAACGGCAAGUUGCCGUUCUGCGACUCAGUCUGGAGCAGCAGAGGCGAAGCCAGAGCGUGGCAGAGAUCAAGAUCAGAAACAUGGAGCGAGCCAAGGCAGACGCAGACCGCCGGAACACCACCCUUCAGAGGGAGAUGGAGCUGUUCUUCAGGACAUAUGGAGAAAUAAGGAGAAGAGGAGGAGAUCUGGGAAGAGCUGGAGGAGGAAGCAUCUGAAGACUGAAAGACUGUUUUUCUCAGCAGGAGUGAAAAAGGGAAGAAAGAAGCUGCAGUUAGCAGCGGACGGAUUAUGUCAAGAUGAGUUAAUGGUAUGAAAACAGAAAUAAGAACAUCACAUUAGUGGAGGUUCACGUUAUUAAAGGUCAGAUCUGAUGGGAUUUUUUAAAAAUUUGCCUUUAAAUCUCAAAUUAAUUCUCGUCUUCCUAGGAAACUCAGGCAGCACACUGAAGCCUGUGAUGACUGAGACUCAGUCAGUCCCAGGUGUCUCCAGGUGAUAAAGCAUCAGUUUUAUGUUCCACAUAUCCUUUAGUCAAAACUGUCCACCUUUAAUUACUCCAAAAAGCUCAGACUUGAUGUAUGAAAGAUUUAACGUGUCAGCAUGACCUGUUUAACAUAGUUAACAUAUUGAUAUUAAAUACAAUUGUGCUCUUUACAAAAUGGUGGUGGAAAUUAAAUAAAAUUCAUAAAUUAUAAUAUGUAAAACUAAAAUUAUUCCAACACUUUAUUAAUUUGGUUUUUAGGAAAUCUUUAGGAAUUAUGAGUAAAUAUUUUUAGUUCCAUCUUUAUUAAUUUAAGAGCACAUUUACAAACCUACAAGGUCCCAUCUCCAUACCCU